AUGUCUUGCACAGCCAAGUGCGGGGGCUACGGCUCUCUGCGCGCCGAGUGCGCACGGGAGCCGUGCAUGGCGAAUGGCAUGUGCACUCUGCUGGACCCUAGCGCCUCGGACUGCGUCUCGUGGUGCUGCACGAGCCGCAGCGGGCACGUCUUCUUCCUUGUGUUUUUCUUCUGUGCCGGGACAUUCGCGCUGUGCGCCUCCUACUACCUCUACCGUCUUCACCAGAUCAACCUCGAGGGCGGCGCGGUGCAGGAGAACGGCGAAGCGGUGGUGAUGACCGAACCACCGACAGAGGAGGAGAUGACUGUGGCGCGCCGCAAGAAGCGUACUGUCGUUGUGGACCCGGAACUACUCAAGGAGCUUGAAUCCCAGCAUUGA